ACACACACCACGUAGAAACACACACACACACACACACGCAGCUGUACUGGUAGAAGCAGGCGUGGACACACACACACACUCACACACACUCAGUUUCGUAAAGGUUGCGGCACCGGCGCGUAGAGAAAAAAAGGAUUUUGUAGCUCUCCAACAUGUCCUGUUAUUUUCUGUCCUAAGUGUAGUCAAUCAGUGCUCACACACGACAGGCGUGUUGGGUGAUUUUUUUGUGUUUUUUUUUUCCACGGAAGAAUUAGACAAAAGGACGGCACGGAGGUUGUUUUUUUUUUCUCCCAUGAAAGGAUCUUAUGUGUUUUCUAGAAGGCUUCCCAGCGCAACAAACUGGAGUCCUCACACCCACCAGGUUCCCCCAUGCCCUCUCCCUCCUGUCCAUCAUCUGUCAUUGAACAAAUACAUCCCCAAUCAUCCCAUCUACAUGACAACCAAGUGUUAAGUGACACAUCCGAGCCCGAGGAAGAGGAAGAGGAAGAGGAGGAGCAGGUGGAUUAUAGAAGCCGAUUGUACUUACCGGUAAACCAUGAGCAACCAUCCAACCACCAUAGCUCGACUCUGCCUCCUGUGCCGCCGCCACAUCGUCAGCGGCCCUCAGUGACGGCUCUCAAUCAAUCCUUGGGCUCCGCACAUCACGCCGGCCAAUCUCUGAAUUCCACGCGGCAGCUAACAGCUCCUAGCGGAAGCCCGGCCCUCGUGGCCGGCCAAUCACCUGCCGAGCUGCAGACCACACCGCCGGAAAGCGUCCCGCUGCAAGACAGCUGGGUGCUGGGUAGCAAUGUGCCUCUGGAAACAAGCAGAGUUCCUGUUCUGUAA